AUGGCAGUCGAUCGUCUUCUUGUGUCCUUCAUUCUUGUCCUCAUCUCUGAAACAGGGUUCAGUGCUAUCUCUGUGUCUGUGCAGACUGGACAGUCUGUUCAGCUGGAUAUACAGACACAACAACUACCAGAGUUUGAUGAUUUAUUGUGGAUUAAUGAUAAAUAUGAGAAUAUAGUUAGAUAUUUUCAUGGAACAAAAAAGAUUAGAUGUCACCCGUCCUAUCAGAACAGAAUAGAGUUUAAUGAAACAAGCUUUUCUCUGACACUGAAGAACAUGCAGAAGGCAGACGGUGGACGAUACACAGCAAGAAUAAGUGGAGAAUUAAACAAAGACAUUGUUGUAUACAGAGUGUCUGUUAUAGACGCAGUGGAGGCUCCUGUUCUGACUGUAAACUCAAUCAGCAGUGACUCCUGUGCUGUUAACUUCACGUGCAGAGCUCAAGACCUCAUCAUUAACUCUAGCUAUCAGAACAACACCUGCUCAACAGAGGUAGUGACAUCACAGGAGAACUACACCCUCAUCCUGUCAUUACACUGCAGCGAGGAAUCGGUCAUCUGUAACUACAGCAAUCCUGUCAGCUGGAAAGAAGAGCGAAUAAACAUUAAAUCACUCUGUCAAAGGAAUAGUCCAGUUCUGGUUAAGCCACAAGCUUCAUUGUUCAGCAUUUUGCUUCUUAUUGUGAUCGCAGUGGCAGUGAUCGGCUUUUGUGGAUUGAUUCUUUACUGUUGCUGGAGGAAUAAAAAAGGUGUCAAACAGGCGGAAGAUUCAGACUAUGAUGAUGUUGAGAUUGGUCCGGGGCCUGCUAUUUGGGGGAUUCAGGAGGAUCUGGUGAGGAGGAUCUGUCACCCGCCAUUUGAGGGAUUCAGGAGGUUUUGGGGCCUGCUACUUGGGGGAUUCAGGAAUAUCUGGUGCCCGUCAUUCGGGGAUUCAGGAGGAUCUGUCGCCCUCCAUUUGGGUGAUUCAGGAGGAUCUGGUGCCCGCUAUUUGGGGGAUUCAGAGGGUCUGGUGCCCGUCACUCAGGGAUUCAGGAGGAUCAGUCACCGUCCAUUUGAGGGAUUCAGGAGGAUCUGGGGCCCGCUAUUUGGGGGAUUCAGGAGGAUCUGGAGGAUCUGUCGCCCUCCAUUUGGGGGAUUCAGGAGGAUCUGGGGGAUUCAGGAGGAUUUGGUGGCUCUGGCAGUGACAGUUCUGGAGAUGGUGGCUGUGGCAGUAAUAGCUCUGGUUGUGGCAGCAGCUCUGGCAACUCGGGUGGUGGUGGCUAUUCUUGUAGCUCAGAACCAUUCUGUGUUUUUUUUAAUAUAUUUUUUUACUUUAAAUCAAGGUGAUCCAGAUUUGACUGUUGCAUUAUUUGGAUGUUCUGAGGCGGUCCAGUUUGGAUGUGACAACAUUCUGCUUGGAGAAGAACAACUCAGUCUGAGUGCAGAAUAUCCCAUAACUGUUCCAUUAGAGAGGAAGGUAUCAGAACAUCAGGUCUCAGUGAUCAACAUGAUUGGCUCACAUGAUGCUGAUCUCAAAACACUCAGUUACAUUAUCGGUCAACUGAGUGAAAAUGAAAUACACGCCUUCAUCUUUGUUGUGCCACUGGGACAGCUGACAGAUGCUGAUAAGAAGGGUAUUGAAUGGCUACAGAGAACUUUUGGUGACAGAGUUCUGUCAUUUGUCAUUCUUCUCUUCACUUAUGAGAGAGAGGAAGAGUGUGACUCUAUAAUAGAUGACCUGAAAAACAACUCUGUUCUGGAGCAGCUGUUGGAGAAAUGUGGAGGAAGAUAUUCCACCUGCAGCAAACUCAUGAACAACCAGUCAGAGAUCACAGAACUGAUGGACAGGAUUAAGCAUCUGUUCCUUGAUAAUAACCAACAGUGCUACACCAGAGAGAUGUACAGAUCUUCUUUAGAAGACAUGCAACAUGGUGCAGAAAGAGAAACAAGCUUUGGUGCAACAAACAUGCUGCCUUUAGAGAGCUUGGAACAAACCGAUAAAGGAGACAAACAAAAGUUGGUUGCAGAGCAACUCAUUGGAAGGAUUCACCUUGAGAACAAACACCGAAAACUGAGAACUUUAGAUUUCCUUAAGCCAAUUGUACAGUCCCAAGACACUUGUGCAGAGGACGAGCUAGCUUCAGUUUUUUUACAUAAAUUGAUGAUGAUGGACUACAAAGCAAGAUCCCUUCAGAUUAAAGAGAGUAAUGAACAACAGCACACAAGAGCAGGAAGCAAUGACUCUGAAGAUGUUGGGGAUGCCUUCGACAUUAUUUUUGGAAAAUCUGCUCAAUCCUCUGUUCGAAAUAAAAUAGAUACAGUGGACUUAAUGGACGUUCAGAUGGCCAUAUUUCAUUGUGCUGAUAGUUUCCUAAAGCAGCUUAUUGUGACUAAACUCUCACAGUGUCAGUAUGCGUUGCCUCUGCUUAUACCAAAUCCAUUCACACAGCAGAUUGAGUUUCCACUCUGGACAUUUCGACAAAUCAACAAGUGCUGGAAGACAACUGAUAAUACAGGUAAAGUCUCUAGCAAAUUCCAACCAGUGUACAGAGCAGAAACUCCAAUGGUGGCUUUCUUCAGGUUUGGCCCAUUAUCCUCAUCGAAGUCUCAGCUGAUGAACAACCUUAUUAAUGAGAAACACAACACGUUCUUCCACAGGAACUGCCCAGGCAGCAGCAGAACCCGAGUAAUGAUGGAUGGACUGGUGGAGAUAGCCUGGUAUUGUCCCUCUGGAGAGAAAACUGAUCGAUUUACUCAGUGUGUUGCAUUCUGUAACCUACAUGGAGAUGCAGGAGCCAAUGACAAGCAGCUGGAUAUCCUGACUGAAAUGGCCUCUGUAAAUGUUGCAAUUGUACCACAACUUGACAAGAAUGAUAAAAGCAUGACCAAGAUCCAAAACUUCUUGAAGGACUCAAAGCCAUUCAUCUGCCUUCUUUCUGACAACAAUUCCCCUUUCACAAAAAUUCAUGAAGGGAAAUACAAAAUUGGUUUGAAAGACAGAAAUCAAUCAGUAGUAUUUGAAGAAGUCAGAAAAGCUGUAAAUGAUGGGAUUUUGUCUUAUGAAUCAUCUUCUAUUUUCAAGCUUGAAGAUGUGGGCAAACAUUGUGGUAUCAGAGUAGAUGAAGACAACGAUAAAGACCUCAGUAGAGGAAAAGAAGCAGCGCAGCAGAUGAUGAGUUUACUGAAGGAUAAAGAUCUGACUCAAAUCAAAAAAUCAUUUCUGCCGCUGCAGGGACGUUUGUGGCAUCUGUGGUGUCAGAAGAAUAAAGAACUACAUCGACCUACUUUAAGUCAAUUAAAUAGGGGAAACAACAUUGAACAGAACAAAAGUUCUAAGCAGUUAGAAAUGCAAAAAAUUCGUGAACAGCAGUGUACAACUGACUUAAGUCAAUUUAUCCAAAUCUUCGUCCAGAAUUUGAAAUCACCAGUAGGAAAUGAGGUGGCAUAUUUUCUGAAAUGGUUGGCCAUCCUUUUGGAUGACUACACCACUGAAAGUCUUUCAGCUCUUCUUCGUGAGUAUGAUGGAAAAUGGUCAACUGUCCUGAAUCUUAAACAGAAUCAUGAUAAAUCACAGCAACUCAGAUCAGCCCAAGAAGCACUUGAGAGAGUAUCUGAGAAACUACAAGCUGCAACCUUUGGCUUGGAGCACAUACUGAGAGAGACUGGUCAGAUAUAUGAAUCCUGUUCAUCUGUGGAAAGAAACGACCAGGAUCUGCAGAUGUUUGACUACUUUUCUCUUCCCAGUCUUGCAGCAGAGAUGAUGAUUUCUGGAUUUCCAUUAGAGUUGAUGGAUGGUGAUGCGGCCCAUGUUCCUCUGAUCUGGGUUACUGCUGUUCUUGACUCGCUCAUCCAGAAACUGGGAGACAAGAGAGUCUAUGUGUUGUCAGUCUUAGGAAUCCAGAGCUCUGGGAAAUCCACCAUGCUGAAUGCCAUGUUUGGGCUGCAGUUUGCCGUCAGUGCAGGGAGGUGCACCAGAGGAGCUUUCAUGCAGCUGGUCAGAGUUUCAGAAGAAAUGAAAGCAUGGCAGAAGUUUGACUAUGUUCUAGUUGUUGAUACUGAGGGCCUUCGUGCCCUAGAACUGGCUGGAAGAUCAACGAGAAAUCAUGACAAUGAAAUGGCCACAUUUGUUGUUGGUCUUGGAAAUAUGACACUGAUCAACAUCUUUGGAGAAAACACAGCUGAGAUGCAGGACAUUCUUCAGAUUGUAGUUCAGGCCUUCAUGAGAAUGAAGAAGAUCAAACUGAAUCCGAGCUGCAUGUUUGUGCAUCAGAAUGUUUCAGAUAUUACAGCCGGAGAGAAAAACAUGGAGGGAAGGAGACGACUGCAGGAGAAACUGGAUGAGAUGACGAAUCUCGCUGCUAAAGAGGAAGAUUGUGAUACUGAGUUUUUCAGUGAGGUCAUUGCUUUUGACGUUCAGAAUGAUGUGAAGUAUUUUUCACAGCUGUGGGAAGGCAGUCCACCAAUGGCACCACCAAACCCAAACUACAGCAGAAACAUUCAGGAGCUGAAGAACACAAUUCUCUCAAAAGCUUCUCAUUCAAGUGGCAUAACACUGUCACAGUUUAAAAUGCGUAUUAAUGAUCUGUGGACUGCACUGCUCAAUGAGAACUUUGUGUUCAGCUUUAAAAACACACUUGAGAUUGCAACAUACAGAAGACUGGAAACCAAGUACAGUGACUGGACAUGGAGCCUUAGAAGCACCAUGAUGAGCAUUGAAGACAAAUUCUACAAUAGAAUUGCCAAUGGAGAACUUAUAGUUGAAGAUAAUGAUUUGUUGUCUGACAUGAGAAAGACAAAGGAGCAGGUAGAUGAAUCAAUCAGGUCUUACUUUGAGGAGGACAGAGACAAAGACAUACUCUGCCAAUGGCGAAAUAAAUUUGAAACCAAAAUCAACAAUCUUCAUGAUGACCUUGUUAAGGGAACAAAAAGAAAGUUAGAUGAAGCGAUUGAACAGAAAAAAGCCGGGGAGAAACUGGAUCAAAAAAGAACAGAGUAUGAAAAGAAGCUUUUCAGUCGGAGCAAAGAACUAGCGUUAAGUCUGAAAAGUACUGGAACAUCUGAAAAUGAGCUGAAGGAGGAAUUCAACACAAUGUGGAGUAAAUGGGUCAAUGAAAUUACCAAACAUAUACCUCCAGUGAAAGACUUUAACUUUUGGGCAGAUGUGAGACGGAUAUUAUCUGAAAACCAUGAAUUGACUCUUGUAAAUGACCGGCUACAUAAGAAAGACUUUGAACACAUGGACUGUUGGGGUGAUUAUUGUGACUACAUCAUUCCAAAGAAGCAUCUAGAGCAUUCUAAUGAAACUGGAUCUAAAGAAGAACCUGCCGAGAACUGUAAGAAAAGCAGUAAUGGAAUAUUUAUUUGGUUUGGUCAAAAACUUAUGUCAGGCAUAGAGUAUUUAAGAGGAACUUCUAGGACAGAAGAGUACAUGAGCCUAAAUCCUGAAUUUCAUUACUCAGUAAAGAAUCUUACUGAUGAAGUUAUUCAGGAAACUGAAAUGAUCAUGGAGAAGGCACCAGUUGGAACACGAGGCUACAAUGACAUUUUCGUUCAAGAAAUAACUGACUGUGUGAAAAGGUCAGUACAGAAACAUCAGUCCAUGAGCCAGAAAUACACAUUGAAAAGGGAGUAUACCAUAGAUCUCAGUCUCCAUGUGUGUGACAUUGCAGAAAGAAAGUUUAAACAACUCCAUAAAGAAUUCAGAGAAGCAAAUGACCCAAGAAUUAAUCUUGAGAAUCAGAAAAACCAAUAUUGGAAUAUCUUUGAAAAAUACUACAAAGGAGCGACCACAACCACCAUACUGAGUGAAUUCAUCUGCAGCAAACUUGAGCAAUCCAUACUACAAGCGGUUUACAACAAAACUGCAAUUGCUUUGGCUGCACAGAUGAGGUCUGACAUACAAGCAUUGUGCGGUAACAGACCAGAUCUAGAGAAACACAUUCUGAAAUACCUUGCAGAAAAGGAGGACUUUGGGGAGUACAUGACAUAUAUUCAUAAUCCCAAAAAACACUUUAAACAAUUCAUAAAGAAUGAAGUGAACAGAUACUUCAGUGAAGAAAAUGUGACUAUUCAAAAUAUAUUCAAAGGAAAUCUGAAAAAUAAGGAGCAGAUUGUAAGUAAUGCAGUGACAGCUGCAACAGUGGAGGUCAAGAGUCACAGUGGAGAUGGCAACAUGUGGUUCAGGAGCUUUUCCAAAACAUUGACAGAUGAGCUGAAACUCACAGGGAACUCCUGUGUUGAUCUCAGUGAAAUUAAAGACUUGGAUUUUCUUGAAGACCUUUUAAGUGAAGAUUUAAAAGAGGAUAAAAAGCUUCAGAACAGCAUCAACCAAAUAAAAAUAGAACAAUUCCAGAAGGGACCGGAUGAGCUUUUGAUUGAACAAUUCUGUCAGUGCUGUUGGAUUCAGUGUCCGUUCUGUAAUGCCAUCUGCACCAAUACAAUGGAAGACCAUUCUGGAGAUCACUGCGUUCCUUUCCACCGCAGUGUUGGACUAAAGGGAUGGUAUUACAGAGGAACAACAAACCUGGCUAUUGAAAUCUGCACAACAGCAGUAUCAAGUGAUGAUGAGUUUUAUCCAAAUUCAAGUGAUUCAGAUGAUGAAACCUCAGAUGAUUCAGUCCCCUGGAAAGAAUACAGAAAAGGAGGUCCUCAAUAUGCCAAUUGGAGCAUCACCCCUGACAAAUCUGAGCUGCCCUACUGGAAGUGGUUUGUGUGCAGAUUCCAGAAAGAUCUGGAAGUGUGCUACAAGAAAACCUUUCAGGGAAGCAGUGAAAUUCCAGAUGAAUGGAGAAAGUACACAAAAAGUGAGGCUUUGGAGAGUGUGGAUAAAUACCUGUAAUGGAAAAGGAAGUGCAAAAUGUAAAAGAAAGUUGCAAUCUG